UUUCGGACAGCUAAUAGCUCCUCUCCUCACUGAGAAGUAGGCCGCUCCUUUUUUUUCCUCCUUGUGCGCACUUGUCCAUCUCCUCUGAACCCCGCGGGCGUCGCCGGUGAUCUGAAGCCAUGGCCCAGGACAUGACUCUGCUGUGGGGCUCCGGCUCCCCGCCGUGCUGGAGGGUCAUGAUCGCGCUGGAGGAGAAGAACCUGCAGGGCUACAACCAGAAGCUGCUCUCGUUUGAGAAGGGCGAGCACAAGUCACAAGAAGUGUUAGAUAUGAACGCCAGGGGACAGCUUCCAUCUUUCAAACAUGGAGACGUCGUCGUGAACGAGUCCUACGCGGCCUGUUUCUACCUGGAGAGUCAGUUUAAGUCCGAGGGAUAUAGACUGAUCCCAGACACCCCUGCCGAACAGGCCCUGAUGUACCAACGCAUGUUUGAGGGUCUCUCCUUCUACGAAAAACUCAAUGCAGUUAUCUACUAUGACUGGUUUGUCCCUGAAGAAGAGAGGCAUGACUCUGCUCGAAAGAGAAAUGCGGACGCUCUGACCACUGAGCUCAAUCUCUGGGAGGGUUACCUGCAGAAUUUGGACUCGGGACUUCACCUGGCUGGACUGUUCUUCACUCUGGCAGAUGUGGCCGUCUUUCCAACUGUUGCUACCCUCUUCAGAUUCGGGCUGUCUGCAGAGCGUUACCCGAAACUGGGAGAUUACUACGCUGUGCUGAAGCACCGGCCCAGCAUCAAAGCCAGCUGGCCUCCUCACUGGCUGGAGAACCCCAAGGGACAAGAUGCACUCAAAGACGUCUGAGGGCCCCAGAGUCUACCUGUACUGUUUUGUUUUGCAUAAAAAUGACUUUUGUUCCAUAUAGUUCCAGCUCACACGUUGUCAAACGUGAUAACGCUCUUUGAGUUGUUUCUGCUAAUGAAUAGGAAAAAGAUGACCAGUCCUGAGUGCUCCUGUUACAGCAGCAUAAAUGUUGCUUCUCGUCAAACUAGCCUUUUAAAUUUCGUUUGAAGGUUUUUGCCAGUCUUGUCUGUUGACACACGCUGGCUUUGUUCAACUGCAGCAUGUGAUGUUUGCAGAGGCUGCAGACAAACAUUCUAACUGUGGUGGUGCUGACGAGGCACUUUUUGUUGCUGAGAGAUAUACAUCACAUCAAUGUCGGCUAAUACAUAGAAGCUACUAUAACAGCA